AAGAGUUUUUUAUUUCUAUCUCAAGAAAAUAAAACUUUUUGCUCAUUAUUUGUGAGAGGGGAAUGAAGUUCGAAGUGGGGCGAUAAGAGAUCUUCGCGCGAAUGGAGUAUCGUUAGUGUUCGGUCGGUGUUGGGGAAAGUGACUGAUAAAAAUUGUCUCAAAGGUUGAGAGAGUUGAUUAUUUAGCAGUGCGGUGGAACUUUUGGAGUGCGCGUACGUGAGAAUUACUGGCAGUUUUUCAUCUCUUAUCCCGUCGCAAAGUUUGUGAGAAAAAAGUCCCAAAAGAUGGGCAGGAAGGUUAAUGAAGAUCUGGCCAAGGAGAGAUGGUCUUGUGGAAUAAAAUCCGACGAAUUCACAGCCUGGUGGUAUGGAGGAUGGGACAAAGUGGCUGAGAAGAGGAAAUAUGAGUCAAUUUUAAAGCAUCCGGAAGUUCAGCAUGAUAUUCCUCUUCAUUAUCUCUCGCACAAAGAGAUGUAUGAAGAGAAAGUUCGUCAGAGUACAGAAGUCCUCAAGAAAGUAAAAGAAUUGAGAGAAGCAGACAUGAAUCCUGAUGAAUACAACGAUUUUUUGGGUAAAAUGGAAAUUCUCGGCAUGUUGGGAACUUCCAGUCCAAUUGAAGUUCAUUUCUCAAUGUUCAUUCCCACAAUUAUGAGUCAAGCAACGGAGGAGCAGCAGAAAAAGUGGCUGAAAAGAGCUCUAAGGGGCGAAAUAAUUGGAACGUACGCUCAGACAGAAAUGGGGCAUGGAACAUUCAUCCGGGGAUUGCAAACAACAGCAACGUACGAUGAGAAAAGUCAAGAAUUCAUUCUAAACAGCCCACAAAUUUCAGCUUUUAAAUUCUGGCCAGGAGGAUUGGGUCAUACUGCAAAUUGUGCCAUUGUUAUGGCUCAGCUGAUCAUUCGUGGUGAACGGCAGGGAAUCUUCCCAUUCUUCGUGCAGAUUCGCGACGAAAACACCCACAUGCCACUGCGUGGGGUAAAAGUUGGCGAUAUUGGGGCUAAAAUGGGCCUCAAGAGCACCAAUAAUGGUUUCCUGGGCUUCACAAAUCAUCGCAUUCCGCGUGAGAAUAUGCUCAUGAAGAAUGCUCAAGUCCUGGAAGAUGGAACCUUCGUCAAAGCGCCCAUGUCGGUGCUCACCUACGGCACAAUGGUCUUCGUGAGGGUAAUGAUCGUGCGUGAUAUGAGCAAUCGUCUCGCCCAGGCAGCUACGAUCGCCACAAGGUACUCUGCAGUCCGCAAGCAGAGCCCCAUUAAUCCAGAUGAACCUGAGCCCCAGAUCCUCGAUCAUGUGACGCAACAGAACAAAAUCUUCCCUCAACUUGCCAAAAGUGUGAUCUUCAAGCUUGCAGCUGAUCUCAUCAUUGACAUCUACAAUUCCGUGAAUAGCGACCUAGCUCGUGGGAAACAUGAUCGUCUUCCGGAACUUCAUGCCCUGUCGUGCGCUCUGAAAGCCAUCUCAUCAACUGACGCUGUGGCAGGUGUUGAGAUCUGUCGGCUUUCAUGUGGUGGACAUGGGUACCUUGAGUGCUCUGGCUUCCCAACCCUUCUUGGCUUCGUUGCCGCUGCCUAUACGUAUGAAGGGGAGAAUACCGUCCUCCUCCUCCAAACAGCACGUUUCCUCAUGAAAGCAGCAAAGGAUCCCGAUCUCUCGCCCACUGUGGCCUUCCUCAAACGCUACCCUGACUACAAGAUAAAGAAACGAUGGGACGGAAGUAUUGGGGGGAUGAUUGAAGCCUUUGAAGCUGUUGCAGCGGCAAAAAUCCGCAUUGCAGCUGAGAGUGUUGAACAGAGGAUUCGUGAGGGGAAAAAGCCCGGAACUGCCGCGAAUUUGUCAUCAAUUGAACUCGUGGCAGCUGCUGAUGCUCACUGCAGGGCUUUCAUCCUCCGCGCGGGGGCGGAAUCAAUGGAAAAAGUCUCCAAGAGUGUCUCUCCAGCCCUUGCGGGUGUCCUGAAGGAUCUCCUUGAGCUCUAUGCUGUGGAUGCAGCUAAGAAGGCUCUUGGGGAUCUUCUGUGCUUUACAACAAUCACCGAAGGCGACAUUGGACAGCUUCAAAAACGCCUAGAGGACGUUCUUGCACGCCUGAGGCCCAAUGCUGUGGCCAUUGUGGAUGGUUUUGACUUCCCCGAUGAAGUCUUGAAAUCAGCUCUUGGGGCUUACGAUGGGAAUGUCUACGAGAGGAUUUACGAAGAUGCCAUGAAGAGCCCCCUUAAUUAUGAGCCCGUCAAUGCCUCAUUCCACAAAUACCUCAAACCGUUCACAAAGGGAAAUUCAAAAUUGUAAAAAAAUAAUAGGAGUAAUCUGGAACUAGAAGACUAUUCUAGGUUUGGGAUUUUGGUGAAUAUUGAACUGAAUGUAUUUGAUUGUUUUAUAAUUUUAAAUAAAUAAAUGGUUUUUAUGGAUUA